AUGAGCGAUCCGAUGGCCACGCCGGGGUUCCGGUUCUACCCGACGGAGGAGGAGCUGCUCGGCUUCUACCUCCGCCACCGCCUCGCCGGCACCAGGGAGCGCGACGUCGCCCGCGUCAUCCCCGUCGUCGACGUCUACAGCUACCAUCCUUCCCAGCUCCGCUCCAUGGCGGGGGAAGCGAGCGUGAGGGACAAGGAGCAGUGGUUCUUCUUCUGCCCGCGGGCGGAGAGGGAGCUGCACGGCGGCAGGCCGGCGAGGACCACGCCGUCGGGGUACUGGAAGGCCACGGGGUCGCCGUCGUGGGUCUUCUCGGCCUCCACCACCAGGGUCAUCGGGGUCAAGCGGACCAUGGUCUUCUACCAGGGCCGCGCCCCCACGGGGACCAAGACCCGCUGGAAGAUGAACGAGUACAAGGCCGUCGCUGCCGCCGCCGCCGACGACCCACACACCGCCGCCGCCGCCGGAGCCGUGCUGCUUCCACCCAUGGCGCCGCCUUCGCCGCCUCCUCCCAAUGCCUCCUCCGCGUGCGUGCCGCUGAUAAGGAACGAGCUGAGCGUGUGCCGGGUGUACAUCAGCACCGGCACGCUCAGAUCCUUCGACCGCCGCCCCCUCGACACGCCGCCGACCGGCCGCCGUGAUCACCAUCAAGCGCUCCAGGCAGUCCGGCAGCAACAACGUCGUCAUGCUGAUGACGCCCUCCCGUCGACGGUGGCGGUGGCGGCGGCGGCGGUGGCAAACGCCAACCUCGCCGACGUCGUGGUCGCCGGCGUGGAGGCCGAGUAUUCGCACUCACACGACAGCUCUGCCUCGUCCAAAGAUGCCGCCGCCAUCGACUGGAGCUCGCUGAUUACUGGCACCAUGACCGGUGAUUUCAGCUUCAACGACAUCGAUUUCAGUUCUGGUGGUAUUGAGCCAUGGCCGCAAGUUUGAUUUGUCAGUACUCCAUUCAGCAGUAUAAGAGCAAAGUUACAUAGUAUAGCCAACUAACAACUUUAAUUCAUAUAUAGUCAAUCUAAUAGUCAAUUCAUAUAUAUUAAC